UUGGACAUUGUGGGACAAAGUUGUAUGUUUUGCACUGUUUUUAACUAUAAUCAACUCCGUUUGUUGGGAGAAGAACCUGACAAAGAUGAGUGUUUUAGAGCUCUAAAAUGGAUUCUAGAUCAUGGAGGUGCUAUUUAUGUACCUUCAGGGAAAGAUGUGGCUCGCAGUUAGUACCAUAUAUAUCUCUACUUUAUUUGAUUUGAAACCAACUCACUCAUAUUUAAGGAACUAAACUUAUAAUUUAACUAUGUUGGGAGUUUACGAGUGGGAGGGAGCAAACCCUAUGCCUCAAGAAUUUUGGUUGUUAGGGAAAUUACUCCCUUUCAUUCCUCGAACUUUGUUUUGCUAUUCUAGAUUGACACUUCUCCCUAUGUCAUAUUUACAUGGGAAGCGAUUUGUUGGACCUCUCAUCCCUCUCAUUCUUCAAUUACGUCAAGAAAUCUAUACUCAACCUUACAAUCACAUUAAAUGGAGUCCAACUCGUCAUUAUUGUGCAAAGGAAGACAAAUGCUUUGAACGUUCAUUCUUUCCGAAAUUAGCAUGGGAUAAUCUUCAAUAUUUUGGAGAACCCAUUCUUAAUAGUUGGGCCUUUAAAACGAUAAGAAAUAGAGCUCUUCAAAUAGCUAAGUGUCAUAUUGAUUAUGAAGAUCAUAAUAGUCAUUACAUUACAAUUGGAUGCGUGGAAAAGCCAUUGUUUACACUUGCUUGUUGGAUUGAUGAUCCUAACGGGGAAGCUUAUAAGAAACAUCUUGUUAGAAUCAAAGAUUACUUGUGGAUCGGUGAAUGGAAUGAAGAUGGAAGUAAGUAUUACCCAUUAUUAAAUAUUUUACUAAUUUAUAAAUAAAUAAAUAUUAUC